CUCGAGUCUUGGGGAGUUUCGGAGGAGAGGUGAAACAACCGUUUUUUAAACGGCUUACGGGUGGCGCUGAAGUUUGCGUUUUGUGUGUCGGUUAAAAAUAAACUCGCGUCGUGUAAACAGCGAGCGUUUAGGCAAGCGAUACGAAAGACGCGUUUAUCGCGAUCCGCGGUGUGUCGAAACUGUGGCGUACGCGUGGGUGACAGAUAUCAUACACUUUUAUUCAGUGACUGUACAGUAUCGGCUGCUCGAACGCGCACCUAUAUAGACGCCAUGUUUGUUGUGCCCGCUGUGGAAUAGACCAAGGAGCUGCGAGACUUGAAUUAGAAAGUACAGAUAAUAGGUGCGUCAUUUACCUAGCGUCAUCCAUUGCUUGUGUGGGUGCGUCGUUCGGGCUGUAUACGACGCAAGAGCAUCGUAAUAACGGUAUCGAUAAAAGUGAGAGGCCCACCGCCAGAUAAGCUGUGCACAUCGUGGAACAGACAGACGGAUCUCGUGUACCUGUGUCAGGGGAGGGCAGACGAGCGGACAUUUUGAUUUGGCAUUUCGUUCAAAUACCAAGAGCGCCGCACGUGCAGUCGGAGUUUUGUUUGAAAAUAUUAGUGAAUUAGAGGCUAAUUGCUCCACGCCGAGAUGGUGACAGAAAUCGCGACGAAACCUCCUCUGCAGGCCAAUAGCUCGUUCAACAUCAUGACGGACACGACUUGUUUCUCGCGAGUCACUGUCAACGUCGUGCCGCGACACAGUAUAAUCGAUCAAGCAGCCAGUGAGACCGGUGACUUGUCAUCGUCCAAGCUGUGCGAGCCGAAGCUCGAUUACGAAAACUGCACGUCCAAGCUCUUCGAGGAGAACGUCGAGUUUAUGGAGAAGUCCACUACGCCCAGCAAAAACGUUCCCUUCAUUCGAACGACCAAACGCCGACCCAUACAACAUGGUAAAGUAGUAAAGAGAACGACGGUGCGCUCCAGCGAUAAAGCGAGCGAGGCCAAUUCGAACAAAACUUUGGCCUGCCAGAUUAAUUCAACCCAAAAAAAAAACAAAAAAGAUAACAAGUUACAGAAACAGCUAAGCGACUUCUUUCCUGUGCGUAAAAGCACUCGAAAACCGCAAACUGUCCUGCUGGAAGAAAAGCAAAAAGAAUUGGUCGACAAAAUAUUGAACCACUGCCAUGAUGGUUUAGAGAUUAAACAUUUCAGUGGGAAAGGUAGAGGAAUCAUAACAACUAAAAUAUUCAUCAAGGGUGAAUUUGUAGUUGAGUAUGAAGGCGAGCUCAUAGAUAGUCAAACUGCAAAGUACAGAGAAGCUAAUUACUCCAAAGAUAAGAAUGCGGGUUGCUACAUGUAUUACUUUAAACACAAUAAUCAAAAGUAUUGCAUCGAUUCAACACCAGAGACUGGUAAAAUUGGGAGAUUGAUAAAUCAUUCAAGGAAUGGUAAUUUAGUUACAAAAGUUAUUGAGGUUAUGUCUGUUCCACAUCUCAUAUUUGUGGCGAAAGAAGAUAUAGCUACAGGCAGUGAAUUGAGUUAUGAUUAUGGAGACAGAGAUAAAGAAACGAUAAAGUGCCACCCAUGGCUGGCAAUGUAGUUUCCAUAUCCUCACUAGUUCAAAAAUUUUAUUCAUUGUACAUAGCCAUCGAUCAUUUAAAUUAGUAUAACCAAAAUUAUCAUUGUAUGACAUCGCCCGCUUAUACUUAAUUGACUGUUUGAAGUAAAAAAUUUUGAUUAUUGUUUUGAAAUUAUUAUGUUUUUAAUAACAUAAUAUAUAAUGGUACUACUAGUUAUACUAUCACACACAUUUACAUUGUAAAUUUCAUUUAUUAGAUAAAUUGCAUAUACAUAAUUGUUAAUAUCUUUAGGAAAAAUUGAACAUCCAAAGUGUACAGAUUGUUAUUAAUGAGUUACCCACAAGGAUCAAACCUUUAGGGAAACUGUUGUUAAUAAUUAUUUAGAUAAAAAAUAAUGUAUUUUGUUAAAAUGAAUUAAAUAACUCAAUACUGCAAAAGUUUUAUUUUUAAAAUAUGAUUAUCCACAAGAGUCUGUAAUUUUCAGAACGGUCUGAUGUAUGAAAAUGAUGCAUGAUGUUAUACUACUACUUGUAUUAGUGAUUAAUUAUAAAUAUUAAGUACCCUAGUGAAACUGCUUUCAAUACCAUGAAAAAAGUAUAAUGACAAAAAUCUCUUAGCCUUAGGUAACCUUCUUUUGCCUGAAUUGUAUCAUCUUGAUGACCUAUUACUUGAAAAUAUUGAAAAAAAUGUAUUGCUUUCAUUUUUACAACAGAAGUAACGAACAUUUUUUUUCUGUUUGUAACAACUUUUCUGAAUCUAUUAUAGUUUCUAAAGUAGCAUCACUUUAUUCAAUUCUGUAAAUUUUCAUACAAAUCUUUAUAUUAGCAUUAAAAAUCAUGUAAAAAAACAGAA